AACUUUGAACAAACAUUUGGGGGUGUCCACUGUCCAGCGGCGGGUGGCUUUGCAUGGCCGCUUUAUCGAUUAGAGCUCUUGGGAGGAGACUCUUCACAGCACCGGCAGUUGCUUCUACGGAAUGCAUCGACCUUCAGGUAUUGGAGAGAAGUAACGACAACUUAUCCCAAAAUAUCCAUUUCAUUAGCCAAACAGAUUUGCCCGAAAGCAACAAGCAAUUGAAGGAACUGGUCAAAACUGGUCACUUGGGCAAUGCUCGCCGAAUGUUUGAUAAAAUGAGUCAAAAAGAUGAAAUCUCAUGGACCACUCUCAUUUCUGGAUAUGUAAAUGCCAAUGAUUCCUCUGAAGCAUUGCUUUUGUUCAAAAACAUGCGGGUUGAGUCUGGGCUCCGAAUUGACCCCUUCAUUCUUAGUCUUGCACACAAGGCCUGUGGACUCAAUUCCGACGUCAAUUAUGGGGAACUGCUACAUGGAUAUGCCGUAAAAACGGGUUUGGUGAACUCGGUUUUUGUAGGAAGUGCACUUCUGGAUAUGUAUACAAAAAAUGGAAAAAUUUUUGAAGGUCGUAGAGUUUUCCAUGAGAUGCCGAUGAGAAAUGUUGUUUCAUGGACUGCUAUUAUAACUGGGCUUGUUCGUGCUGGUUAUAAUAAGGAGGCGCUGGUAUACUUUUCGGAAAUGUGGAGAUCCCGUGUGGAGUAUGAUUCAUACACGUUUGCUAUUGCAUUGAAGGCUUGUGCAGAUUCGGGUGCUUUGAAUUAUGGGAGGGAAAUUCAUGCUCAGGCAAUGAAGAAAGGCUUUGAUGUCAGCUCCUUUGUGGCUAAUACUCUUGCUACUAUGUACAACAAAUGUGGGAAAUUAGAGUAUGGUUUGACCUUGUUUGAAAAAAUGAGUAUGAGAGAUGUGGUUUCGUGGACAACGAUUAUAACAACACUUGUCCAAAUGGGCCAAGAAGAGUGUGCAGUUCAAGCAUUCAUACGAAUGAGAGAAUCAGAUGUAAGUCCUAAUGAAUACACUUUUGCAGCUGUUAUCUCUGGUUGUGCCAAUCUUGCAAGAAUUGAAUGGGGAGAACAACUGCAUGCACUCAUCUUACAUCUAGGUCUCGCUGCUUCUUUAUCAGUGGAAAAUUCAAUCAUGACCAUGUAUGCAAAAUGUGGGCAGUUAACUUCAUCUUCAGUGAUAUUCCAUGAGAUGACUAGAAGAGACAUUGUUUCAUGGAGCACCAUAAUUGCAGGGUAUUCACAAGGAGGUCAUGUCAGUGAAGCUUUUGAGCUUCUAUCAUGGAUGAGAAUGGAAGGGCCAAAACCCACUGAGUUUGCUCUUGCUAGUGUGCUGAGUGCAUGUGGGAAUAUGGCAAUUCUUGAGCAUGGAAAGCAACUCCAUGCUUAUGUGCUGUCCAUCGGUUUAGAACAUACAGCUAUGGUAUUGAGUGCUUUAAUCAAUAUGUAUUGUAAAUGUGGGAGUAUAGAAGAAGCGUCAAGGAUCUUUGAUGCAGCUGAAAAUGAUGAUAUUGUGUCUUGGACAGCCAUGAUUAAUGGAUAUGCUGAACAUGGGUACAGCCGUGAAGUAAUUGAUUUGUUUGAAAAGAUCCCCAGAGUUGGUUUGAGGCCAGACUCGGUGACCUUUAUUGGUGUUCUUAGUGCCUGUAGUCAUGCUGGACUUGUUGAUCUCGGUUUUCGCUACUUUAAUGCAAUGAGUAAGAAGUACCAGAUUAGUCCUUCAAAAGAACACUAUGGCUGCAUGAUCGAUCUACUCUGCCGAGCUGGAAGAUUAAGUGAUGCAGAGCAUAUGAUUGAAGCUAUGCCAUUUCACCGUGAUGAUGUUGUUUGGUCAACUUUGCUGAGAGCAUGUAGGGUCCACGGUGAUGUUGAACGUGGAAGGCGAACUGCAGAAAGGAUUCUUCAGUUGGAACCCAACUGUGCAGGAACCCAUAUUACCUUGGCUAAUAUUUAUGCCUCAAAAGGAAAGUGGCGGGAAGCAGCAGAUAUUAGGAAGCUAAUGAAAUCAAAGGGGGUGAUAAAGGAGCCUGGAUGGUCUUGGAUUAAGGUUAAGGAUCUGGUCUUUGCAUUUGUUGCUGGUGAUCGAUCUCAUCCACAGGGUGAAGACAUAUAUAACAUGUUGGAUUUACUAGCUUCAAGGACAGAGUUGGCUGAUUGUGUCCAAGAAACAGGCUUCCUUCCAUAUGAUCUUGAAUAUUAGAAGAUGGUUUAGUUGGUUUAUUAUCCUGUUGUGCAUCGAGUCUCUUUGUUGGUAUAGUACUUGCCUGGAGAACUACAGCCUGCAAACAACUGUAAGAUGUUGGUUUCUGGAUCAAAUUAAUUCUUUAUACAUGAUUAUGGACAAGAAUACAAAUGAGUUAUGGAAUUGUCUCAGAAAAUGUUCAGAUGUCAUCUUUAGGGACGAGAUCUGGCAAAGCGAUUCAUUGAAGUCGGCACUGAUAUAUGAAGUCUCAGGAGUUGGUGUUUGUAUGCAAGAAUUUACAAAUUUGGCUUUCUGCAAUUUACUUCUAUGAAUGGAAAACCGAUUAGAGGGUGCCAUUGAUUCAUACAGGACACUUACACCAAAGAGGAAAAUGCUGUGUUCCAUCAUAUGGGCGAGUUCCAUUUUGUUGGCUUUAUGUGAUUCGGGAGCUGUGAAUAUCAGAAUAAUGGUUCAGCAGUUCUACUGCGGAGAAUCUAGGUUCCUUUAUUUUGAGUUUAAGUUUUAUACUGGACCCAAGAUGUUUACACAGAGGAGUCUACUAAAGUGAAUAAACCCACUAGCCAGGAACUUGCUGCGCUGCAGUGGCAGUGGUGACGACUUUCAGGAAGAAACAUAUCCAUUCAGGGUUCUGAGGAGGCAAGGGCCUUCUGCAGUGAGGUGCCAACCCAACCAGGUCGACAAGUUCUUCCUGCUGCUAAUUUUGGAGAGCAUUCCAAGAAAAUGGGGCUUCCUAUACUCAAAUCCGGCGGGGUUUUCUUUUCAAAUUAUUGGAAUAUAAGCCCUGCUGAAAGGUGGCACGAGGAAAUGGAUUAAAUAAAGUUAUGUUAUCCUCUUUUUUGCUUUUGUAUUUUUAUAUCUAAAUCCAUUCAGCUAUGGAAAAAUAGAAGUUAGGGAGCUCUACUGUGAUAAAUUCAAAUGUAAUUUGUUUGACAUUUUUUUUCUUA